GCGACUGACAGUGAAAAUACGACAGAUCACAACAUGUCUUAAAGCACCUGUGCAGUCUGCAGCCUUCAGCAUACAGCACUCUGUAGUCCUCGGCUUGCAUGAAAUGGAGAAGACAAGCAAAAGGAGGAGCAGCCGGAUAUGAGGAUCAGAACCAGACCACCUCCUCUCCAGGACAGAAACCUCGAAGAAGGACAAGCCACAUAAACCCAAAAAAGGACACGCUGUUCCUACAGAGAAGAAAUGGCAGAGAGGGGGAGAGAGACGAUACCAAGCCUGUUGCUAAGGACUGCAUGAUGAAGGGACUGGAGACCAUUGCGCCUCUGGUCCGCUCUGUAGAGGAGACUCCUGAGCCAAUGUCCACUGAGGUUCAAGGCAACAUUCCCUUCUGGAUCAAUGGCAACCUCCUCCGUAACGGCCCAGGGAAGUUUGAGUUUGGAAACUCACACUUCAACCACUGGUUUGAUGGGAUGGCUAUGUUACACCAGUUCAAGAUCAGCAAAGGCCAAGUGACAUACAUGAGUCGUUUCCUGGAGAGCGACGCCUACAAGAAGAACAGCGAACGGGAUCGCAUCGUGAUGUCAGAGUUUGGAACCCUUGCCAUGCCAGACCCCUGUAAAAACUUCUUCCAGCGCUUCCUGUCUCGCUUUGAGAUGAUGGAGCCCACAGACAAUGCAAGUGUGAGCUUUGUGAAAUACAAAGGUGACUAUUUUGUCAGCACGGAGACAAAUUUCAUGCACAAAGUGAACCCAGAGAACCUGGAAACAUUGGAAAAGGUGGACUGGAGCAAGUUCAUUGCUGUAAAUGGAGCCACUGCACACCCACACUAUGAUCCUGAUGGCACCACCUACAAUAUGGGCAACUCCUAUGGAAGCAAAGGAGCCCUGUACAACAUCAUCAGAGUACCUCCUGAGAAGACAGAAGCCACAGACACCCUACAAGGUGCCAAAAUACUCUGUUCUAUUGUGCCUAAAGACAAGUCCCAUCCCUCCUACUAUCACAGCUUUGCCAUGUCUGAGAACUACGUGGUGUUCAUUGAGCAGCCAAUUAAGAUGGACCUACUGAAGAUAGUCACUUGCAAACUGAGGGGGAGGGCUUUGAGUGAGGGUAUCUACUGGGAUCCCAAGCAGGAAACUGUCUUCCAUCUGAUAGACAAGCAUACAGGCGAGGUCAGUUCGGUGAAGUACCACACCAAAGCCAUCUCCACCUUCCAUCAGAUCAACGCUUUCGAGGAGGACGGGUUUUUGAUGCUUGACAUGUGCUGCUCAGACAACGGCCAAGCCAUCAACAACUAUCUUAUCCAGAACUUACGCAAGUCCGGAGAUGCACUGGACGAGGUGUACAACACCAUGUGCAGGGCUUUCCCUCGGCGCUUCGUUCUGCCCCUUGAUGUGACCAGUGAAACCCCAACAGGCCAGAACCUGAACACCCGUCCCUCCAGUAAGGCAACGUGUGUCAAAAUCAGCAAAGAUAAGCUGUUCUGCCAACACGAGGAUCUCCAUGGAGAUGACCUCCAUGAGUACGGUGGCCUGGAGUUCCCUCAGAUCAACUACGGCAGAUGUAAUGCGCGACCGUACCGUUAUUUUUAUGGCUGUGGCUUCAGACACCUGGUGGGAGAUUCUCUGCUCAAGAUGGACCUGAAGGACAAGACGCUCAAGGUCUGGUACCAGAAGGGUUUCUUCCCGUCAGAGCCCGUGUUUGUGCCGUCGCCUGAUGCCGUGGAGGAGGAUGAUGGUGUCAUCCUCUCUGUGGUUCUCACCCCCUCGCAGGAUAAGGGAACAUUCCUCCUGGUUUUGGAUGCCAAGACAUUUGAAGAGCUGGGAAGAGCCAACGUGCCUGUGAACAUGGCUUAUGGCUUCCAUGGUACCUUCAACACCGCUGCAUAAGCCUGUUACAAAUACUAAACAAAGUGUUACCUUCACCACUAUAUUCUUGAUGGUACUGAGUUACUGCUGAAAUAAUCCAAAAAACGCUGAAGAUGCA